UCGUGUUGAAACAAUAGAGCAAUUACAACAAACAUUGUGCAGAUAUGUCAGUGUACAUAAACGUUUCAAUAUGGACAUUACAAUGUAAAUGAUUUGCCCAGAAAAAUAUAACCCACUCGGAAUAUUUUCAGUCCGACAGUGCAAGGAUUAAUGGCUGUAGUAGUCAAUGAAGCUACGGAUCUCCUGUUAUUGUUUACAUUUUUACACAGCAUAACGUCUUUACUUCAGUAGUGUGUCAUUGCUAAUGAACGGCAAAUUAUUAUUGGAAAUGAAAACGUGAAAAGCUUUUCCUGGGUGAAACAAAGCGCUGCUAUACCUUUCUAAGGUGUUCUUUAAAACUUGGAUGACGAGGAUUUUCCAAUGAUUGGAAAAACAUAGUGAGUUGACAGGUCCAGGCAAGAUCACCAGCGGAAAACAGGGGUGCACAAUGUUUAGUGCAACUCAAAGUUCGAAGUCCGAGUUCCUGGACAAGGCCAGGCAGGCUCGUGAGGAGAGGAAGGGGUACAAAGAGAGGGAGAGAGCAGCUACCCUGAUCCAAGCACUGGUCAGGAGAUUCCUCUGUCGCUGCAGACUACAGAAGCAAAUAAGGAAAGAGGUUGAUGACUUUUUUCAAGAUGUUGGCACAACAAAAAGAAAUGCACUAUCCAUUUUUAAAAUUGCACGGAAGUUGUUAUUCAUUUUUUGCCAAGAUGAUAAGAUGAGGUUUGAGAAGCUAUGUCGCUCCAUUCUUGGCAGUAUGGAGGUUGAAAAUGAGCCCAAAGUUUGGUAUGUGUCAUUGGCCCUUUCCAAAGACCUCACCAUCCCUUGGAUCAAGCAGAUCAAAGAUGUUCUAUGGGUCUCCUGUCAGUUUCUGAAAAAAUUGAAGCCUGACAUCCUGCAGGACAACAAGCUAGUGACUCUGUACCUCACCAUGCUCGUGACCUUCACGGACACAUCCAACUGGAAGAUAGUCAGGGGGAAAGGGGAGGCCCUCAGACCAGCUCUGACCCGGAUCUGUGAAAACAUUAUGGGGCAUCUCAAUCAGAAAGGUUUUUAUUCAAUACUCCAGAUUCUGCUAACCAAUGGCUUGGCCCGCUCCAGGCCCUCUCUGACCAAGGGCACACUCACAGCCAUAUUCACUCUGGCAUUAAGACCUGUGAUUGCUGCUCACUUCUCUGAAAAUCUGCUGAGGUCUCUUCUCAUCCACAUCAUGUCUGUUCCAGCUGUUGUCUCCCACAUCAACACCAUCACCCCAGAGUGCAUGACCACCAUCCAGACCCAUGACCUCUUGAGGAAGUUCAUCCUCUUCCUGAGCCGUGAGGAACAGUGUGUUGACAUCUGUGUCUGCCUGGAGGGGAGCCACACCCUCUGUUUACUGGGUAACUUGAUUCACCUGGGCUUCCUCAAUGAGAAAGUCCUGGAGGAGGAGGCCAACCAUUUUGUCAAGGACCUGACGGACAUGCUGGCCUACUGCCAGCGAUACGUGUCCCAGAAGAAAUCCAACCUCACCCACUGGCACCCGGUCCUGGGCUGGUUCUCUCAGACUGUAGACUACGGGCUGAAUGAGUCCAUGCCCCUGGUGACCAAGCAGCUGCAGUACCUCUGGGGUGUGCCUGUGAUCAGGACGCUCUUCAGUGACGUCCUCAGCAAAAAGCUGGAGAUCCAAGAGCCGACUCCGCCCCCCCAGCCCCAGGCCACCACAUCGCAGAACAACCUGCCAGUCAAGAGCCUCUUCAAGCGGGCGUUUCAGAAGUCUGCGUCCGUGCGUAACAUCCUGAAGCCGGUCGGCGGGAGGCGUGUGGACUCCGUGGAGGUGCAGAAGGUGUGCAGCAUCUGUGUACUCUACCAGACAGCCCUCACAACGCUCACCCAGAUACGACUGCAGAUCCUCACUGGCCUGACCUACCUGGAUGACCUGCUGCCUAAGCUGUGGGCCUUCAUUUGUGAGCUGGGACCCCAGGGAGGCCUCAAGCUGUUCACGGAGUGUCUGAACAACGACACGGAGGAGUCCAAACAGCUGCUGGCCAUGCUCAUGCUGUUCUGUGACUGCUCCAGGCACCUCAUCACGAUCCUGGAUGACAUCGAGGUUUACGAGGAGCAGAUCUCGUUUAAAACAGAGGAGCUCGUCACCAUCUCAUCGUUCCUGAACACCUUCGUGUACAAGAUGGUCUGGGAUGGCAUCUUAGAGAAUGCCAAGGGGGAGAAGCUGGACCUGUUCCACAGUGUUCACGGCUGGCUGAUGGUGCUCUACGAGCGGGACUGCAGGAGGAGAUUCUCCCCCGAUGACAACUGGUUGCGCAAGGAUCUGAAGCCAAGCCUUUUGUUCCAGGAGCUGGAGAAGGGCAAAAGGAGAGCCCAGUUGUUACUUCAGUACAUCCCACACGUCAUUCCCCACAAAAAUAGGGUGCUGCUCUUCCGAAACAUCGUCACCAAGGAGAAGGAGACCUUGGGAUUGGUGGAAACAAGCUCGGCCUCUCCGCAUGUCACCCACAUCACCAUUCGCCGCUCACGGAUGUUAGAGGACGGUUACGACCAACUCCGCCGGUUGCCCGUCAACUCCAUUAAAGGUGUGAUCCGUGUGAAGUUUGUCAAUGACCUUGGUGUGGACGAGGCCGGCAUUGACCAGGACGGUGUCUUCAAGGAGUUCCUGGAAGAGAUCAUCAAGAAAGUCUUCAAUCCAGCACUCAAUCUUUUUAAGACCACCAGUGGCAACGAGAGGCUGUACCCUUCCCCAACGUCCUACAUCCACGAGAACCACCUGCAGCUCUUUGAGUUUGUGGGGAAAAUGCUGGGCAAGGCCAUGUACGAGGGCAUUGUGGUGGACGUCCCCUUUGCAUCAUUCUUCCUAAGCCAGGUCAUGGGUCACCACCACAGCACCUUCUACAGCUCCAUAGAUGAGUUGCCCUCCCUCGACUCUGAGUUCUACAAGAACCUUACCUCCAUCAAGCGCUACGAUGGGGAUGUGAGUGAUCUGGGACUGACACUCUCAUAUGAUGAGGAUGUUAUGGGACAGCUGGUCUGUCACGAGUUAAUCCCGGGAGGAAAGACCAUGCUAGUUACCAACGAAAACAAAAUCAGCUACAUCCACUUGAUGGCGCACUUCCGCAUGCACACACAGAUCAAAGAGCAGACGGCGGCGUUCAUCCGAGGGUUCCGCAGCAUCAUCAACCCCGAGUGGCUGCACAUGUUCUCCACCCCCGAGGUCCAGCGCCUCGUCUCCGGGGACAACGCCGAGAUUGAUCUGGAUGACCUCAAAAAACACACUGUGUAUUAUGGAGGCUUCCACAGCAGCCAUCGUGUAAUCAUCUGGCUGUGGGACAUCCUGUCCAGUGACUUCACCGCUGAGGAAAGGGCCAUGUUCCUGAAGUUUGUCACAAGCUGUUCAAGACCCCCGCUCCUUGGUUUUGCCUACCUCAAGCCCCCUUUCUCCAUCCGCUGUGUGGAGGUGUCCGAUGAUCAGGACACGGGGGACACCCUGGGCAGCGUCCUGCGCGGUUUCUUCACCAUCCGGAAGAAGGAGCCUGGUGGUCGCCUCCCCACCUCAUCCACCUGCUUCAACUUGCUCAAGCUGCCUAACUACAGCAAGAAGAGCAUCUUGCGUGACAAGCUCCGUUACGCUAUCAGCAUGAACACAGGUUUUGAGCUCUCCUAAACCCCCCCCCCCCCCCACUCCUGUGGAACUAAAGG